GUCAAGUUCAUUCGCGCGGCUACCGUCCUAACCUUCCGCUUUCGACCGGGCAAGGAAUGGUAUGCAGUGAUGUUCAGCAUCCGCGACACGCUGAUUGUGCUUUCCCCAUUAUUCUCGGAAGCAUCGACAUCCAUCGUGCUCGUGACCAUCUUGCUGUACGUGAUUCUGAUCGCGAUCGCGCAUGACAAGCCCUGGCGACUGCCGCAGGCGAAUUCCCUGAGCAUUGUCGUCCAGAUAGUGCUCCUCACGAUCCUGGACCUUGGCUCCUUCUUCGUUGACAGCACG